CCCUCCUGCAAAUUUCAUCUCGAGACUAAAGUUUCAUUCAUAAGACGCAGUUCCUCAACGCCAAAACCGCUCCUUGUUCCUGCCCCACGCACGCACGCAGGCACAGCUCAGCAUAGCAUAGCCGCCGCGGCCGCGAAAAAGACGCAGGCGGGGUGAACACAGCCGCACUGCGUCCGCUGCUCGGCCAGACGACAUAGACAGGCGGACAGAGAGAGGGAGAAAGCGGGCCCGGGCGGCGCCUGUCGGACGAGAAAUUUCAAAGAUUGCGAGGGGAGAUAGAGAUACGACGACGGGGAAGCCGAGUUCAAGGCAGUUGGCAGGUCAUUUGCCAUAAGUUGAUUGGCAAGGCGAUUGGCGUGGCGAUUGGAAGAAUCGAUUGACGAGGCGAUUGGCAGGUUGAUUGGCUGGGCGAUCGGCGAGGCGAGGCGAGGCGAGGCAAGCGACUGAUCGGCAAGCGAGGCGACAAGACAAGGAGGACCGAGCGUACACAUGGCGUCCUGCUGCUGUCCCGCGCCUGCCGCGCUGCCGCCCAAGCGUGAUGUCGACGUCGAUGACACUGACGAUCGCGAGCGAGUGAUGGCGAAAGAGCAACAACAAGCAAGGAGAGUGGCUCCUGCGGCCAUGAAGCAGGAGGCCGACGAGCACGAGCACGAGCACGAGCAAGAGCAGCAAGAGCGCGAGGCGGCAGGCCAGCAGCUGCUGCCGGUGCGCAAGGCAUGCAACCUGUGCCGGUCGCGCAAGGUGCGCUGCGACCGCACGCCCCUCGAUGCCGGUGGCUGCGCGCGGUGCCGGCGCGAGGGCGUCGAGUGCUGCUACGAUGGCGUGCGCAUGGCUUCUUCUGCAGCGACGAGGGACCCCAUCGGCCGGCCGCGCAAGAGGAAGCCGUCGAGGGACGCCGAUGCAUACGACUAUGGCUAUGCGGCGCUGCCCCCGCCAUCGCUGGCAGGCAAGGCGGCCAAGCGCAUGAGCCGAUCCACGACACCCGUGGGUCUCGUCGCCUCGUCGUCGCCGCCUUCUUCCUCUACCUCCUCCUCCUCGUCCUCGAUGCUGUCCUCGGCGAUGGUGUCGAGCAAGAGCAGCAGCAGCGGCGGCUCUGACCACACCGUGACGCCCAGCUCCUCCAUCGACGCACGCGGGCUAGGCCGCCGUCCAGCAGGAGCAGCAGGAGCAGCGACGGUGAGCACGAUGGCGAGCACGACCGGCGACUCGCCCACGCUCGUCGACCUCGGCCUGGCGGCAUUCCUGCAGAGCCUCGACACGCUGGAGCUGAAUGCCGACGACGGCCUCACGCCCCACAUGGUCCAGGGGCUCCACCACGCCAGCCUGCCGUCGCUCGGCGUGCCCGGCCUGGCGAUGCAGCAGCAGCCGCAGCAGACAAUGCCCGUUGAUGAUGGAGGAGUAGACUCGUCGCUCAGCUUCAGCUCGCUCUUUGACCCCCAGGUCAGCACCUCGUACGCCGUGCCCGCCGACCUGUCGUGGGCCGAUCCGAGCUGGCUGCUCAACUCGGACCUCUUUCCCGCCGUGCCUGGCCCGCCCGGCCAGCCUGGCCAGCCUGGCACGCCUCUGCUGCCGUCGUCGUCGUCGUCGUCGCCGUCAUCUGCGCAGUCGACCGCAGCCCCCUUUGCCGGCACGGCCAUGCCGACGGCACCGUUGCUGGCUUCCACAACAACAGCAACCCCCGCCUGGCCAGACAUGGCCUGGCCCCGCGGCACCGCACAGGGCAUGGGCCAGGGCCAGCUGCGCACCCUCGACGGCCGCCUCAUCCAGGAUGCCGCUGCCGAGGCCAGCGCUGCCAACACCAGCCCAGCCAGCGGGGCAGCCAGCCAGCAGCGGGGCCCAUGCCCAAAGACGGGCGAGGCCUCGUGCUGCUGCUCGGCGCCCUCGUCUGCCACUGCGCCCUCGUCUGCCACUGCGCCCGCCUCGUCUUCCUCGUCUUCCUCCUCCUCGUCGCGCGUCCACUGCGUGCCCAACCCCACGGGCAAGGGCUGCACCUGCCUCUGCGACGUCUCUGUCUCGCUCAUCAACGUGCGCGCCACGCUCCGGGCUGCGCGCGACGACUCGCCUUCGGCCGAGGCAGGCGCCAGUAGUGCAGCCGGCACAGGCACAGGCACCGGCACAGACACAGACUUAGCCACGCAUACAUCCUCGUCCUCAGCCACGCACAGACCAACCUCGUCGUCGUCGACGACGCUCCAGCUCACGCUGAGCGCCUCGCAGGCCGUCGCAGCCCAGUGCGCAUGCAGCGCCUCGUGCCCCACGUGCCGCUCUGACCCAAACACGUCCCUCUCGGCCUCGCUCCUCGUCUCGACGGCGCUCCAGAUCUACGUCCGCGCCGUGCGCACCCUCCGCCAGGGCUUUGGCGGUGGUGGUGGUGGUGGCAGCGGCGCAGAGCCACACGACCAGUGGGACGUCAGCAUCGGCGGCUACCGGCCCAAGCGCGACAAUGCGCGCCGCAUCGCCCUGUUUGCCAUGAAGCUCGAGCUGCGCGACCUGCGCGACGCCAUCGCCAAGGUCGCCCGCGCCGCUGCGCCCGAGACAGCGGUGACGGGCAGCUAUACCAGCAGCAGCAGCAGCAGCAGCGCGGCAGAACUGCACGCGCUGCCGCACAUGAACCCCAUCGACCAGAUCGUCAUCCGCAAGCUCCACCUCCAGCUCGGCGACCUCCUCGCCACCGUCGAGGGCCUCGAGGAGCAGUUCUGA